CCUCUCUUCAAUUCCAACGUGCUCGCAAAAUUUGCACUACAGAUCACCGUUAGCCAUGGACGAGGAAGAACCUAAGAAGGGCGAUGAGGAAAUCACCCUCAAGCCAAAAAUGACCCUCAUGAAUGGGAUCACAGUUAUCGUAGGAAGUAUUAUAGGUUCGGGGAUUUUUGUGAGUCCGUCGGGGGUGCUGAAAAAUACGGGGAGUGUGAAUGUUUCGUUAAUAGUGUGGACAGCCUCUGGGGUGUUUUCUAUGGUUGGUGCCUACUGCUAUGCGGAGUUGGGAACGAUGAUAAGAAAAAGUGGCGCGGAUUAUGCCUACAUUAUGGAAACAUUUGGUCCCUUCUGUGCUUUUAUUAGAUUGUGGAUAGAAUGUAUGAUUGUACGACCUUGUUCCCAAGCUAUAGUAGCACUAACGUUUAGCCAGUACGUUAUGAAACCUUUCUUUCCUGAAUGUGAACCACCAGAUAGCGCAGCAAGGCUAUUGGCUGUCUGCUGUAUAUGCGUUUUAACAUUUGUCAACUGUUACGACGUCAAAUGGGCGACACGAGUUCAAGAUGUUUUCACGUACGCUAAACUGUUAGCCCUCUUUGUCAUCAUAGGUGCUGGAAUUUAUCAGCUUACAAAAGGGCAAGUAGAACACUUCUCCUUUAUGAACACCAAGCACGAGGUUACGUCUUUGGCAUUAUCAUUCUAUUCUGGAUUAUUUGCUUAUAACGGUUGGAACUAUCUAAAUUUUAUAAUUGAAGAACUAAAGGACCCAGUCAGAAAUCUACCUUUAGCCAUUGCAAUUUCGUGCACGUUAGUUACCGCCGUGUAUGUACUGACCAACGUUGCGUUUUACACCACACUUUCUCCAGUCGAAAUUCUUGGUUCAAAAGCAGUAGCAGUAACCUUCGCCAAUAGACUAUUUGGACCUUUUGCUUGGACAAUACCAGUGUUUGUUGCUCUAUCUACAUUCGGGGCUGUUAAUGGAAUUCUUCUUACAUCUUCAAGACUGUUUUAUGCAGGAGCAUGUCACGGCCAAAUGCCAGAGCUACUUACUAUGAUCCAGUCUAAAAGAAUGACGCCUACGCCAUCUGUAUUAGUAAUGGCAUUUUUAUCGUUGCUCUAUCUGACUGUCUCAGAUAUCGACGCUCUUAUCAACUACGUUGGCUUUGCAACCUGGCUGAGUAUUGGAGCAGCAGUUUUAUGUCUUCCAUGGCUGAGAUGGAAACAGCCAGAUCUUAACAGACCUAUAAAAGUAAACCUUAUUUGGCCUAUCCUGUAUUUGGCCUGCACAAUUUUUGUCACAGCUGUACCAAUGGCUGCAAGUCCAUAUGAAACAGGUAUGGGACUAUUGAUGAUUCUUUCGUCUAUUCCCGUUUAUUUCGUAUUUGUGUACUGGAAAAAACCAGAAUGGUUCCAAAGAGGCUCGAACGGCGCUACGGUGUUCCUUCAAAAAAUAUUUGUUGUUGUUGGUAAAGCAAAAGCUGUGAAACUAUAAAUGACAUAUCGAUUAUAACAUAAGAAUGUUUUGAAGACAUUAAAAUUCAAUUAAAUUAUGACUUGCCUACAUAAGCCCAUUGUGAUAGAUCCGUAUAGAAAAUAUUUAGAAAAUCAAAAGUAAGGAACCAAAAGAUAGUAUUUUGUGUUCUUAGUAGGCCAUUGUCGGAUGUAUAUUAUUGUAAAAUUAUUAUAAAAGGUAUUAUUAGGCUUAAUUAAACUACCUAAUUAUUUAGGGCAAUGGUAUCCAUCUGAAAUCUUUGAAAAUGUCUAUAACUUUUGUCGUCAAAACAUUCUUAUACGCAACACGGACGAAAAAUAUUUAUUGUUUUAGUUUUCUUUAAAGGAAUAGCAUGAUCAGAAUGGCAUAUCUGUUUUAACAUAAACACAACGGUAUAAUGAUUUUAUUUUAAAGACUAAGCUGCCUUAAUGACCUUACUGCCAAAAAUUGAAUUUUAGGUCAGGUAGAGUCAAAGAAUAUUCUAAAGUAGCUGCCUAAAUGUCUUCAAGUAUUCAAAGAAACUGUAACAAUAGUUUGUCCAUUGUAAUUGAGAUGAGUAUAUCCUAAGCAAAACCUCGAUCUAUACUUCUACUCCUAAUGGCCGGUUUUACCAACGAUAAAUAGUAGUUUAUUCGAUGAAUAAAGUUGUUCGACCAAUAAACUAACACAUCUACAUUUCACUAAUGUCAAACAACAUUUUAUUUAUUUAUCAAAUAAGUAUUUACUCUUCGAAUACAUUGACAAGUUAAUCGACUCAUAAAUUUUAUUCGGUGAAUAACUAACUAUUCAUUAAUUUU